AUGAGUAGCGAAGCAUGUAUCGCGACGGCAAUGGCCCGAGUGAUGACCUACAACGAAUCGACAAAAGGAUGGGUACUACUCGGCGGAAAUGAUGAUUCAAUGACAAAUGUUCGCCUAAUCCAAGACAUUCGGCGACCCGAGUUUCGGAUUGUAUCCAACCGCGCUGACAGCACGAAUAUCUUGAAUUGUAAUAUUUAUCGAGGAAUCAAAUAUCACAAGGCCACACCAAUGUUUCAUCAAUGGCGUACCGAACAGCGGCGGGUGUAUGGGCUGAAUUUCGAGAAUGAACAGGAUGCGACAAUGUUUUUAAGCAUUGUGUUACAGGCGAUUGAGACGUUGAAAGUUCAUGAUAUGAAUGGAAUUAGUGAUUAUCAACAGAUGCAUCAAGUCGACAAUGUCUAUCAGGAUCCCCACCAGCACCUAAUGCACAUUCACUCGGCGCCGAAUUUUCACGAUGAGAAUCAGAAUGCCGCGAAUUUUCGAAAAACGUCCCAACACGCCUCGAGCCUCCUCUCCAGUACUGCAGCAGCACUAACACAACAACAACGUCGAGCCUCUCAAAGUUCAAGUACAAGUGCCGGAUCUUCAAUUCCCCAUGCUCCACCACCACCAGUUCCACUUACCAGUAACAUUCCACAGGCUCCACCAGCUCCACCUCCUCCAAUCGGUGGUAUUGCUCCGGUAAAUGCUCACGGAGCUCCACCACCACCACCACUUCCUCCAGUUGGUGCAGGUGCUCCACCGCCACCUCCGCCACCUCCACCGCCAGCACAGUUGAUGGCCUCCAGUGGAACGCCGAGUCUCGCAGAACAGCUGAAAAUGAGAAGUCAGCAGGGCCUGAAAGCGACGAGUAAUGGGGUUAAAGCUGCCGCUGCAGAGCCCGAGAAGCCUGCUGCGAAAGGAGCCGGCAAUCUAAUGUCCGAAUUGGAGGCUCAACUAAAUAAGCGAAAAAUGACACAAGCGAAAUCGGAUGCAGUUGAUUCGAAAUCAAAUACGAGCAAUGGAUCAUCGGAUAGCGGAUGUGGUACGGCGACGUCGACGAAUGGAUGUGGAUCAUCGAAUGGUGGAUCGGUUGGAUCGGCGGCCGCCAAAAAAUGGUCUGUUUCAGAUGCAACGAAGCCCAUGGAUAGUCCGAAGACGCAUAGAAAACUUCCAUCCGCCUCAUCACUAUUCUCACAAGAAGAUUCAUCAUCAUCAUCAUCAUCUACGCUGACACCUUCAAAACCAACAACAAAUGGAACGUCAUCGGCGAUUCCGAAUGAUCUACUCGAGAGACUCCGCGCUGACAUAAUGGUCGAAAUGCGACUGGAGAUGAACAAGCUCGAGCAACGAAUCGUCGAGGCCAACGAUCGGGCCGUCGAUCGGGCCGUCGAGACUAUUUUGAACGCGAUUGGUGGCCGUCGAUAGAGCCUAUAUAGCUAGCGUCUUCCAUAUUACAUAUUUUAACGAAAAAAAAAUUUUCAAAUUUUUGGUGUUCGAAUUUCGGUGCUGCAUAGAACCAUUUUCUCGUUUUUUUUUCAUCCACCUUAACCCAUUAUCGGGUCAAAUAAUCUCUCUUUCUCUAUUUCUCUGAAAAAUUUCUGUUUUCUCCCCCGCAUUUACUUUAAAUUUCCCUUCAUCAUGACCGCUUAUUAUAGAAACGCAGAAAAACCCCGCCCCCAAACCAUCGGGUCUCGUUAGGUAUUUCGCAAAUUUUCAUGCAUUUUUACGUGGAAAUUUAUGUAAAAUCGUUUUUUCAUGAAUUUUGACGUUAAAAUCAUUAAAAACAACUUAAAAUUUAUCGAUUUUUAUGCCGAAAUUAAAUUAUUGAUUUUUUCAACUUAACUUGCUUUUUAUUAAAAAGACUAUUUCGGCCUAAAAAUCAUUUUUUACAUAUAUUUUAAGCCGAAAUAGUCUUUUAAAAAUUCAUGUUUCGUUGCAAAAAUCAAUAAUGUAUUUUCUGCAUGGAAAUCGAUAAAUUUGCGGUUUUUUCUGUGAUUUUUACGUUGUUUUAAUGGUUUUUUAACGUUGAAAUUGAUGCAAAAUCGUUUUUUUUUUUUGGCUUAAAAAUCAUCAAAAACAACGGAAAAUCACAGAAAAACGGAAGUAUUAUCGAUUUUUAUGUCGAAAUUUAAUUAUUGUUUUUUUCAACUUAAAUUGCACUUUUUGAAGACUUUUUCGGCUUAAAAAUCAUUAAAAAACUUGAUUUUUAAGCCGAAAUAGUCUUUAAAAAUUCAUUUUACGUUGCAAAAAUCAGUAAUUUAUAUUCGGCCUAAAAAUCGGUAAAUUUUCCGUUGUUUUUAAUGAUUUUUAAUAAUAAUUUUUAAAAUUGCAUCAAUUUUGGCCGAAAAAUCCUUAAGGAAAAAAAAAGGAAAAAUUAUUGAUUUUUAUGCUAAAACUGAUGAAAAUCCCAAUUUGCAUCAAUUUCGACGUAAAAAUUAUUUAAAAGCAUUAAAAAUUGAAUUUUGGGUCGUUUUUUCAACAUUAAAUACAUUAAAAACAACGAAAAAUGCUUGAAAAAUUGCGAAAAAAUUUGAAUUUUCGGUUUUCCCGCCAAAUACCUAACGAGACCCAUUUUUCUGCGUCUCCAUAAUAUUUUUUAUAUAUUUCCCAUUAUCCUGAACGAGGUCUCUCUUCUCUGAAAUUAUUUCUCAUUUUCUCACAAUUUAUUAUUAUUUUUUUUUGACAAUUUUCCUAAUUUCUUCCCAUCACACAUGGCACUGCUCAUUUGUUGUCCCCAAUUAUUAUGUAAGUAUUGUCGCAGAAUUCUCACUUCUUCCUCGUCCUCUCCAUGUUGCUCUCGGCUCGGAUUUUUUCUUCGGGUCGCAACAUGAAAAUUACUACUACUCACUCAACACUAACUAAACUAAUGUAAUCUACACAUAAUUUCCAUGAUCACCACCGAGAAAUAAUAGUCAAUAAAAAUUUUACCUUAAAA